AUGCUUAUACUCAGAUUCAUACGCAUGAGCAUACUCAGGGAGUCAAUACACAAAAAAUACUCCGCGUGGCAGAACUCUAUGAUGCUCCAGAGGCCGGCAAGGACCACGCCGCCUCCCCCACAGAAAGUCCCCCACUCGCCCUCCGAGGCCACGCCGCCUCCCCCACAGACAGUCCCCCACUCGCCCUCCAAGGCCACAGCCGCCUCCCCCACAGACAGUCCCCCUCGCCCUCCAAGGCCACAGCCGCCUCCCCCACAGACAGUCCCCCACUCGCCCUCCGAGGCCACAGCCGCUCCCCCACAGACAGUCCCCCCUCGCCCUCCAGGCCACAGCGCCUCCCCACAGACAGUGCCCCCUCGCCCUCCAGGCCACAGCCGCCUCCCCCACAGACAGUCCCCCGCUCGCCCUCCGAGGCCACAGCCGCCUCCCCCACAGACAGUCCCCCGCUCGCCCUCCAAGGCCACAGCCGCCUCCCCCACAGACAGUUGCCCCACUGGCCCUCCAAGGCCACAGCCGCCUCCCCCACAGACAGUCCCCACUGGCCCUCCAAGGCCACAGCCGCCUCCCCCACAGACAGUCCCCCGCUCGCCCUCCGAAGGCCACAGCCGCCUCCCCCACAGACAGUCCCCCCUCGCCCUCCAAGGCCACAGCCGCCUCCCCCACAGACAGUCCCCCACUCGCCCUCCAAGGCCACAGCCGCCUCCCCCACAGACAGUCCCCCGCUCGCCCUCCGAGGCCACAGCCGCCUCCCCCACAGACAGUCCCCCCUCGCCCUCCAAGGCCACAGCCUUCUCCCCCACAGACAGUCCCCCGCUCGCCCUCCAAGGCCACAGCCGCCUCCCCCCACAGACAGUGCCCCACUCGCCCUCCGAGGCCACAGCCUUCUCCCCCACAGACAGACAGUCCCCCGCUCGGCCCUCCAAGGCCACAGCCGCCUCCCCCACAGACAGUCCCCCACUCGCCCUCCAAGGCCAGAGAGACACAGAGGAAUCCCCGGCAGGAACUUAA